AUGCUGCCGCAGCAGCCGCCGCCGCCGGAGCUUCGGCAGCCGCAGCAGCGCAGCCAUCGCCGCUCCCCGCCCGCCGCCUCCGCCUGGCUCGUGACGGCCGCCGCGCUGCUCGGGCUCUGCGGCGGGGGCUGGGCGGCGCGAGUUAACAAGCACAAGCCAUGGAUUGAAACGACAUAUCAUGGUAUAGUCACAGAAAAUGACAACACAGUGCUUUUGGAUCCUCCUUUGAUUGCUCUGGAUAAAGAUGCACCUCUGCGUUAUGCAGAGAGUUUUGAGGUGACAGUCACCAAAGAAGGUGAGAUAUGUGGAUUUAAAAUUCAUGGGCAAAAUGUUCCCUUUGAUGCUGUGGUGGUUGAUAAAUCCACUGGUGAGGGCAUAAUUCGCUCUAAAGAGAAGUUGGACUGUGAACUGCAGAAAGAUUACACUUUCACCAUCCAGGCCUAUGACUGUGGGAAGGGACCAGAUGGAGCUAAUUCAAAAAAAUCUCACAAAGCAACAGUACAUAUUCAGGUGAAUGACGUGAAUGAGUAUGCCCCUAUAUUUAAAGAAAAAUCCUACAAAGCCACAGUUAUUGAGGGGAAGAAAUAUGACAACAUUUUAAAAGUGGAAGCAGUGGAUGCAGACUGUUCCCCUCAGUUCAGCCAGAUCUGCAGCUAUGAAAUUGUAACUCCAGAUGUGCCCUUCAUCAUUGACAAGGAUGGUUAUAUCAAAAACACUGAGAAGUUAAGCUACGGGAAAGAGUCCCAGUAUAAGCUGACAGUUACCGCAUAUGACUGUGGGAAGAAAAGAGCUAAUGAAGAUGUGUUGGUCAAAAUUAGCAUUAAACCUACAUGCAAACCUGGGUGGCAAGGAUGGAACAAAAGGAUUGAGUAUGAACCUGGUACUGGUUCUUUGGCUCUUUUCCCCAACAUCCAUUUGGAGACUUGUGAUGAACCCAUCACCUCCAUCCAAGCAACAGUGGAGCUAGAAACCAGCCACAUAGGAAAAGGCUGCGAUCGGGACACCUACUCCGAGAAGUCCCUUCAUAGGCUCUGUGGUGCAUCCUCCGGGACUGCCGAACUUCUUCCUCCUCCAAGCAGCACCCUGAACUGGACCGUGGGCCUCCCCACCGAUAACGGCCACGACAGCGACCAGGUCUUUGAAUUCAACGGCACCCAAGCUGUGAAGAUUCCCGAGGGCGUCGUCACCGUGAACCUGAAAGAGCCCUUCAUGAUCUCGGUGUGGAUGAGACACGGGCCUGGGGGCAGGGACAAGGAGACCAUCCUCUGCAAUUCUGAUAAGACAGAUAUGAACCGGCAUCAUUAUUCUCUCUACGUACAUAACUGCCGACUGGUUUUCCUCUUCCGUCAAGAUCCUUCAGAGGAGAAAAAUUACAAACCUGCUGAAUUUCACUGGAAACUAAACCAGGUGUGUGAUAAAGAAUGGCACCAUUACGUUCUCAAUGUGGAAUUCCCCAGUGUGACGCUGUAUGUCGAUGGUGUUUCCUAUGAUCCCUUUCCAGUGACAGAAGAUUAUCCUCUUCACCCUUCCAAGAUAGAAACUCAGCUGGUAGUUGGAGCCUGCUGGCAAGAGUAUUCAGGAAAUGAAAAUGACAAUGAGACUGAGGCUGAGGCAGUGACUGUGACCUCUGCAGGGGGUGAGCUACACAUGGCCCAAUUUUUCCGAGGUAAUCUGGCUGGCUUAAUGAUUCGCUCUGGGAAACUGGAAAACAAAAAGGUGAUAGAUUGUCUGUACACCUGCAAGGAAGGACUAGAUUUGCAAGUGACUGACAGCAAAGGCAUGAAGGUCCAAGCAAACCCCAGCCAGUCAGUGCUGACCUUGGAGGGAGACGACAUCGAGCGAUUCGAGAAGGCCAUGCAGCACAUUUCCUAUCUGAAUUCUCGACAGUUCCCCACUCCAGGAAUCCGAAGACUGCAGAUCACCAGCACCGUCAAAUGCUUCAGUGAGGAUGCCUGUAUGUCAGUCCCUCUCGUGGAUGGCUAUGUAAUGGUUUUACAGCCUGAAGAACCCAAAAUCAGCUUGAGUGGCAUUAACCAUUUUGCUCGGGCAGCUUCAGAAUUCGAAAGUGCCGAGGGGGUUUCCCUGUUCCCAGAGCUUCGAAUCAUCAGUACCAUCACCCGGGAAGUAGAGCAAGACCCAGAUGGAGAUGAGGAGCCCACAGUUCAAGAAUCACUGGUGUCUGAGGAAAUCAUGCAUAAUCUCGACACGUGUGAGAUCACGGUGUUGGGCCAGGAGCUUAAUCAAGAUGAAGAAAGUUUGGAAGUGGACACGGCUCGCCUACAGCAGAAGGGCAUUGAGAUGAGCAGCUCCAGCGUGGGUGUGAUCAUCACAGGUGUGGACACCAUGGCCAGCUAUGAGGAGGUGCUGCAUCUGGUGCGAUACCGGAACUGGCACGCCUCCGCGUCUGGGCUGGACAGGAAGUUCAAGCUGGUGUGUUCUGAGCUGAACGGGCGCUAUGUCAGCAACGAAUUCAAAGUCGAGGUCAGCGUCAUCCACACGGCCAACCCGGUGGAGCAUGCUAACCACAUGGCUGCCCAGCCUCAGUUUGUCCAUCCGGUGCAUCACUCCUUUGUCGAUCUGUCUGGCCACAAUCUCGCUAAUCCCCACCCAUUUUCAGUGGUGCCCAGCACCGCGACGGUGGUGAUUGUGGUGUGCGUGAGCUUCCUGGUUUUCAUGAUCAUCCUGGGAGUGUUCCGCAUCCGCGCGGCACACCAGCGCACCAUGCGGGAUCAGGACGCGGGGAAGGAGAACGAGAUGGACUGGGACGACUCUGCCCUGACCAUCACAGUGAACCCCAUGGAGACCUAUGAGGACCAACACAGCAGUGAAGAGGAGGAGGAGGAGGAGGAAGAGGAGGAAAGUGAGGACGGGGAGGAAGAAGAUGAUAUCACUAGUGCGGAGUCUGAAAGCAGCGAGGAGGAGGAAGGGGAGCCGGAGGAAGACCAGCACAAUGUCAAUCGACAGCAGCAGCUAGAAUGGGACGACUCGACCCUCAGCUACUGAGGCCGGCCACUCCCGCAUCCUUGUUUGGGCGUUGAAAGACUGUGCUCUCGCUCCCUCCCUGAUGUACAAAAUCAUUUUGGCCGCUGGGCCUGGCGGCUCCCCUGCUGACCCUCCCUGCCCCGCGCUUGCUCCUGAGCCCGUUAGGCCCCUCCUUCCCGCUGGCUGGAGCGGGGCGUUGGGCCUUUCUCCCCGGCCAUCCCAGCUCAGCUUCCCUGACGGGCACACGGGUGUCCGGCCCACUCUGCUCCUGAUCCUCCCGACAAGCUGCAAUGGUCUGACUUCUGGACAAGGGGUAAACAUUGCUCAUUCCCACCCAGUGAACAUACUUUUUCCUUUUUUUAAAAAAAGUUUUAUUUUUUUCCAAAUUAGUGCAUGUAUAAAGGUGGCCAGGAGAGUCCUUGUGUAGAUGAUUAACUGACUUUUGGCUAUUUUGUAAAUAAAUUGAGAUUCUGUUCUAUCUUUUUUGUGACAGUGUAAACAAACAGGGCCUGGGGUUUAAGGGGUUUAAGGGGCUGGGGAAGAAGGAAGACUAGCUAGGUGUCAGGGCCCUGUGCCGCUGCCCGGAGGCCACAGACCAGCUGUGUGGGUGCCCGGCCUAUCGGGGGCCUGCUAUAGGGGCCAGAGACGGCAGUGUUUUCUUUGGGAAUGGAAGCUUUUUUUCCCUUUUGGGUGAGGGGCCGGGCGGGCUGCAGCUGGGAUCCUGCCCUUAUUUUACACCCUGCUCACCACCUGUACGUAGCUCCUUGUACAGUAACCUGGACUCUGGUACUGGGCCUUUGUUUCUCAUGUCUUUCUCCCCUGCAAAUUAUACAAACCGAUUGUGCAUCCAGUUUAACCAUGGUUCAUAGAUGGCAGCAAACUUGGGCCCCCGUGGAUUAGAGCACAACCGCCGGAGCAAACCUCCUGUGGGGACAGAAACCCACGGCCCGGAGCGGGGAGGGCUCCCUUGUUCCGGCAGCCAGGCAGGCCCACCGUCUUGGGCCUUGCUUGUGUUUGUUCCCGUGGCUGUGGUGCCAGAUCUGUUAGCAAAGGGCCUAAAACCCAGACCAACUUUUUUUUUUUUUUAAAGAAAUUUAAAUGUAAAAUUUUAGAUUUCUAAAAUGGGGUGGGGGGCGAUUUUGACUACUUUUCUGUGAUAACCAUAUCUGCUAGUUUUAAGUAAACUGGGGAACUUCUGUCUAACGGUUGUCCUGUGUUACUGUUGAUGUGUAGACUUUUUCCUUCCAUAUACUUGUCACUGUAGCAGCUGUAUUUAGACUCCCAACUGAUAGCGAUAACAUCCGGACUGACUGAUGGGGAACCUUUCGGAUACUGUCUGUAACUGGUCGCCUCUCAUUUUUCAGAUGUGUAUAUUGGUGAAAGGUCAGUUCGGAAAGACUGUAAACAACAAUAAAUUUCUGAUUCCAA